AUGUUUGCCACCGGUUUGUUGCGAUUCAAAGCUAAAGAUUGGUGGGAUGCUUAUAGUAAAGAGAUUGGGGAAGACAAAGUUCAAGUCUUGACGUGGCAAGAGUUCAAGGAACCUUUUCUAAAGUACCACUGCCCGCAAUCUGCCAUUGACAGGAUCCAAGAAGAUUUCUUACAUCUCCGUCAGAAAGACGAAACCAUUGAUGAAAUCACCAACACUUUUCUUGACAAGCUGAAAUUCUGUAAAGAAAUAGCGGGGACGGAAAGAAUGAAGAUAAACCGCUAUCAUGGUAUGUUGAAGGCUGAGUAUCGGGAGUUCAUAAUUCGCGCUAAAUGUGAAACCUUGAAUGAGCUUAUUAACUUGGCCCGAGAUAGGGAGAUUGAGCUAAGAAGACAGGCAGAGAGCGGUGAGAAGAGAGUGCCCGAGAAUGUUCCCAGUUCGAGUCCAUCAAAGAAACAGAAAUUUCAAGAUCAGGGCAAGAAGGAUAAGGCUAAAGGUAGCAUUCCAAAAUGCAAAACUUGUGGAAAGUUACACACGUGGGGGUGCUUGAAAGGGAAGAAGGGUUGUUACAAUUGUGGUCAAGAGGGACAUCCAUACUAUAGGUGUCCUAAUCCUUCCAGAACGUGCUACAACUUUUCCAACUGGGUCAUAUUAAGGCUGAACGUCCCAAGCUUCAACAGAAAACCGAUAAGGAAGCAAGAAAGGAGGAAGCCCCAAGAGCUAAGGGGAGGAUGUUUCAGAUCACGACUGAAGAAGCAAAGGACCACCCGAAUGUUGUAUCAGAUAUAUUCUCAUUGA